UUUUGUUUCUUCCGCUCUGCAUCGGAUUCUGCACCUGCACCGAGUAGGUACCUAGUGAUAAGGUAUUGUAUGGAGCUGACUGACUUACCUAGCUAACUUCAUCGGAAACUGGGGACGACACGACUUUCUUCGAGAUAUUUCUCACAUCUUCCCAAUAAAGCUUUUGCACAUAUUGAGAAACGGUGACAUCCCCCACCAUACAUAACCUCAGACUCAGAGCUUUCGAAUCCCAAAUUGAAUAUCUCGUCUUACAAACCGUGGAUCAUAUAUUGUGUCAAAUCCAACCUCAUCUUCCAUUCGAAUCACGAGCAUAGUAUAAGACACAAGAAUAACAUAUACCAAGCCGAAACUCAACCCCUCACUCAACCUUUAUGAAGUAGCAAACGCCAAAAUAACAUAGCCUCGCCUUUGAAGAUGGCCCAUUUUGACGCUUAUGGUCGCCCUCUACGAGGCGAUUCAGGGCCGGAAUAUGAUUAUGAGACCUACGAGACCUACAAUUUCAAUGAUCCCAACAGGCAUAUGCCUGCCUAUUCAAUCCCCUCGACCUCGAAUAGAUAUCCUACCGAAUCUCGAGAUUCACCCUAUGCUUCCCAAAGCACAUCAAGUGUACCACCACAUUCACCACAACAGUCAUACCCAUCAAACAAUAAUAAUAUGGGAACAUCAUAUGGCUCCGACCGUGGCACUGCUGUAGAUCACGAUGCAGUAUCGCCGGAGAUAAUUGCCGCAAUCACGGAAAAGGUCAAAAGAGAACUCUUCGAACAUCUGAAGCAAACAGGCUCCAUUGAUGACCAACCGCGAGCCUCAUAUAUGCAACGCGAAUAUUCUGAGAAAUCCAACUCUACAAAUCAAUCUCCUCCCCCUCUAGAUAACCGCAGAGUUUACACUCCUCCUUCACCAACUUCCACUACCAAACCAACCUUUUCCCCUCCACCUACAGAACCUAUGAGAUCUCCUCCAGCAAGUCCUUCCUCGGACAAACCUUCCGGGAGGUUUAAUGACCGUGAUCGUGAUCGUGAUCGUGUUUAUAAUGAGCGACCGGCGCAGAAAGUUCACCGCACAUACUCGACCUUGGAAUUAUCUACAAUUGAUCAAAAAUGGGGUCGAUUGUUCGAUAAUGAUUCUCGGCCUACGGAACGAUUGGGACAGUUCUUGAGAGGACUUGCGAAUCAUAUUGUCGAUGAUUUUGCGCCCAAAAGGAGUAUUGUGAUUACACCUUCGAAAAUGGCAACAUAUUAUAGCUCGUACCCGAUUAACACCAAGGAAAUCCAUCCAUAUGUUUCUAUCUUCAAAAAUUUGUCCAAUACACAGAUAUCGAAGCUAUACCAAGAUCUUGGAUGUCAACAUCACCUCGUCCAAGAAGAUUUCCAUUCGGCUCCUACGAUACCGGCCUUGACUCCACUUGGAUUUGCACAUUGGAUGACGAUUCAGAUUUCCGCUUAUCCUAGCGAAGAAUCCGAGAGGUUAGGAAAAGUUGUCCUAGCUUUACCGAUUAAUGCCGAUGGGCAAAUGGUAGAUGGAAAACCGGAACGUUUACCAAAACAGAUAUCACGCCACUUGUUACCUAACACCGGGGAUCGUGAAUUGGAGAAACUUAUGAGGACUUCAUUAUCUCACUUCUCUGAUGAACUUGGGAUUUCUCAUAACAGCAGCAGAAGCAAGCCAACAACCUCGAGCGUACCACUUCGUCAGACAUCACCCACUGAUCGAUCGCAAUCCCGUUCUGAUGAUACACCUCAACCUAGGGCCUCCUCAUACACAGGCCCCACUAGCAAGCCUAUAGAACGAGAACGCAUGCCUUAUGCUGGAGCCCCUUCGGCCCCAUCUGAGUCGUCAAGCGUCGACGAGGGACCAAGUGUACCGAUUGAACGCGAAAGAAAACCAUAUUCCGCCCAGCCUGGUAGUGGCAAGACUCACACCGAAACCAGUAAUCCUAAUUUCCCAAACAGGCCUGGACGGGCGAAUUCUACUAGUCGCGUAAAAGAACCGCAAGAACGUGAGCGUAGUCGGUCAAGACAUACCCGUAGGCAAAGUAAUGCAAGCCAGGAUAAUUAUAAGCCACCGCCACUCUCGUCUUCGAAACGCAGUCGUAGCCCUCAAUUCAAAAGCUACAGUCAUUCAACACCUACCAAUAUUGAUAAUGGAUCCAGUACUUAUGUGCCAUCGCCCGCCAGUUUCCCACCCGCCUUCGCACCCUCUUCAUAUGGAUCGACUAAUUCCUUCCCUCCGCCACCUUCUUCAGAUAUUCGGGACUCGAGAGAUAGGCGACGUGAUGACCGGUCUCACCGUAGAGCAGAAGAUGAUCGUUUCUCAAGUACUACCCAUAUCAAUGAUUUCUCAAGUCCGAGAGAUGCCGAGAAAUGGGAUAGGUUACACGAAGGACUAGAUUCAAGAAGUAGCGAUUAUGACCGUGAUCGUCCCACUAAAUCUACGGGCUCCGCAUAUAGCGAACACACAACUAGGAGCUCGUAUAUGGAACCCACAGUUGGCGCUGAUUACGAGGAUUGGUAUCGAGGUAGUGGGCUGGAUAAGAGUAUGAGGAAUAGUAUGUAUUACUGAUGUAUCGUGGGGGAAGUACUGAAACUUCUGGGGAUUAUAUUAACGAAUGAUUUUUUAUUGAUGAUAUGAUAUCAUAUGAUGAUGAAAGAUGAGAGAUGAAGUUUAUGGAUUGAUAUUGACGUUGUCACUUUAUGUUUGGAUGCGGUCGUUUUUGGAUCUGGAAAAUCACUGGUUCUCGCUUCUAUUAUAGGCAAAGGAUAGGGAUAAGAUAUGGAAUUAGGAAAUGGACUUUUGGAUUUUGAAUAUUUAGGGGCUAGGAAAGGGAUGGAAUGGAAUGGAAUGGUUUCUUGGUAACAUUAUCAAUUCAUAUUGGAUGUAUGUGUUUUUGUCUUUUAGCGUUGAGGUUCUUAGGGUUAUGCAGGUUAGCAAGUACGAUACCAUUAUCAGAAUUUAUUUUAUGAGAUUUAUGUUUUUUGACUUU